AUGACUGAUGUUGAGAAAACUAGUUUUCCACAUGAAUAUCAUGGGUACAAUAAUCAAGUAGCCACCGAAAUUAAAGAAUUAGCAAGGAGAUUCUCCUAUGCUUCAAGUCAACAACCACAUCCACAACAACAAAAGAAUCAAGAAAACGUAAGAAAAAAUUCAACCACCACCAAAGUUAGCUCCAAUGAAGAUAAUCAAAAAAUAGAAACAAGUGGAGAAGUAGCCGAUCAAGGUUUAAUUCCUUUUCAAGAUGGUAAAAUCCCUGAUUCAAGAUUAGAUCCAAAUUCACCAGAUUUUGAUUCUGUAUUUUGGAUUCAAAAUGCCAGAAAAUUAACCUUAGGUGAUCCUGAUUAUUUUAAACCAAUUCAAUUAGGUGUUGCUUAUAAAGAUCUCCGUGCUUUUGGAGAAGCUUCAGAUUCAGAUUAUCAGACUACUAUAAUUAAUUCUGUGCCUAAAUUUAUAACUAGAUUCUUUCGGGAAUAUAUUUUAAGAAAUACUGGUCCAAAAUUUGAUAUUUUAAAACCAAUGGAUGGAUUAAUUAAACCUGGUGAAGUUACAGUUGUUUUAGGUAGACCUGGUGCUGGUUGUUCAACAUUUUUGAAAACUAUUGCUUGUCAUACAUAUGGUUACCAUGUUGAUAAAAAUUCAUUAAUUCGAUAUAACGCUUUAACUCCAAAGGAUGUGAAGAAGCACUUCCGUGGUGAAGUGGUAUAUUGUGCUGAGACAGAGCAACGUUGGUAUACCUUUCAACAAGCUUGUUUGGUUCAAGCUUGUUUUUAUGAUUUUUGAUUCAACAUUGGUGGUUUUUUGCAACCUCGCAAUUGGUAGCACCCCGAUGUACUGAAUCUAAAUGACUUAAAUGAAACUUAACUUAUACUAACUUUAAUUUUCUAGAUUUUCCACAUUUAACAGUUGGUGAUACAUUAAAUUUUGCUGCUAAAUUAAGAACUCCACAAAAUAGACCCUUGGGAGUUAGUAGAGAUGAUUAUGCAAAACAUAUAACUGAUGUUGUAAUGGCCAUUUUUGGUUUAUCGCAUACUAGAAAUACUAAAGUUGGUGAUGAUUUUGUUAGAGGAGUUUCUGGAGGUGAAAGGAAAAGAGUUUCUAUUGCUGAAAUUACUUUAAAUAAUGCAAUGGUUCAAUGUUGGGAUAAUUCAACAAGAGGUUUAGAUUCUGCAACUGCUUUAGAAUUUAUAAAAGCAAUUAAACUGAGUGCUGAUAUAAUGCAUACAACUCCAUUAGUUGCAAUUUAUCAAGCUUCACAGGAUGCUUAUGAUUUAUUCGAUAAAGCUAUUGUUUUGUUUGAAGGUUAUGAAAUUUAUUUUGGAUCAACUAAAGAAGCAAAACAAUAUUUUUUAGAUAUGGGUAUGUUGUAAGGAUGCAACUAGAGUAAAGGAUGCAAUAUUAACAUUUUUAUAGGAUUUGAUUGUCCUGCAAGACAAACUACAGCAGAUUUUUUAACUUCAUUAACUAAUCCAGCUGAAAGAAUUAUCAAAAAAGGUUUUGAAGGUAAAACUCCAAAUACACCAGAAGAAUUUUAUGAAAGAUGGCAAAAUUCACCACAACGUAAACAAUUAUUAAUUGAAAUUGAUGAAUAUUUAGAACAACAUAAUAAUGAAGAAGAAAAAGAAGAAGUUAAAGAAUAUCAUAUAGCAAGACAAUCAAAACAUUUAAAACCUGCAUCUCCAUAUACUGUAAGUUUCAUGAUGCAAGUUAAAUAUAUCUGUCUUAGAAAUUUCUUAAGAAUGAAAGGUAGUCCAACAAUUCAUUUAUCACAAAUUUUCGGUAAUAUUUUUAUGGGUUUAAUUAUUAGUUCAAUCUUUUAUAAUUUACCAAAUACAACUGAUACAUUUUAUCAUAGAACCGCAGCUUUAUUUUUCGGUGUUUUAUUUAAUGCUUUUUCAUGUUUAUUAGAAAUUUUUAGUCUUUAUGAAGCAAGACCAAUUGUUGAAAAACACAAAAAAUAUGCAUUGUAUCAUCCUUCAGCUGAUGCAAUGGCAAGUAUUAUAACUGAAAUUCCAACAAAAUUAAUUAUUGCAAUUUUUUUCAAUUUGAUUUAUUAUUUUAUGAUUAAUUUUAGAAGAAAUGCCGGUAACUUUUUCUUUUAUAUGUUGGUUAAUUUUAGUGCUACUUUGGCAAUGUCUCAUUUAUUUAGUAUGUCUGAAAAAAAAAAAAUUGGCUGCAAAAAAACUAACUUAUAUACAGGAUGUAUCGGUGCUGCUACCAAAUCAUUACAAGAAUCCAUGACACCAGCUUCUAUUCUUUUACUUGCUUUGACAAUCUUCACAGGGUUCGUCAUUCCGACCCCAUUGAUGCAUGGAUGGUGUAGGUGGAUUAACUACUUGGACCCAUUGGCUUAUGCUUUUGAAUCGUUAAUUGCAAACGAAUUUCAUAAUAGACUUUUUGAUUGUUCAAAAUUUGUCCCUUCUGGUGGAAAUUACCCUACAACAGGUUCAAAUAGAAUUUGUUCAGUAGUUGGAAGUAUUCCAGGUCAAAAUUUUGUAAAUGGUACAAAUUAUAUGGAACAAUCUUAUUCUUAUAGAAAUUCACAUCGUUGGCGUAAUUGGGGUAUAGUCAUUGGCUUUGUUGUGUUUUUCUUCUUUGUUUAUAUAUUUCUUUGUGAGAUUAAUAAAGGUGCAAUGCAAAAGGGUGAGAUCUUAUUGUUCCAGCAAAACGCAUUAAAGAAAAGAAAGAAAAUGAAAAAAGAUUUAGAAACUGGUAAACUUGAAAAAGUCCCUAGUGAUUUUGAAAAUCAAGCUGGUGAUGUAGAUGAAGAUAAAUUACCAAGUACUGGAGACAUAUUCUUUUGGAGAGAAUUAACUUAUGAAGUUAAAAUUAAAACUGAAACAAGAACAAUUUUAAAUCAUAUUGAUGGUUGGGUUAAACCUGGUCAAGUAACUGCAUUAAUGGGUGCUUCAGGUGCUGGUAAAACUACGUUAUUAAAUGCCCUAAGUGAAAGAUUAACAAGUGGAAAAAUUACUGAUGGUACAAGAAUGGUUAAUGGUCAUGAUUUAGAUUCAUCUUUCCAAAGAUCAAUUGGAUAUGUUCAACAACAAGAUUUACAUUUAGAAACAAGUACAGUAAGAGAAGCUUUAAAAUUUUCUGCAUAUUUAAGACAACCUAAGUCAGUACCAAAAAAAGAAAAAGAUGAUUAUGUUGAUUUUGUAAUUCAUUUAUUAGAAAUGGAAAAAUAUUCAGAUGCUGUUGUUGGUGUUCAAGGUGAAGGAUUAAAUGUGGAACAAAGGAAAAGAUUAUCAAUUGGUGUUGAAUUAGUCGCAAAACCAAAAUUAUUAUUAUUCCUUGAUGAACCUACUUCUGGUUUGGAUUCUCAAACUGCAUGGAGUAUCUGUAAAUUAAUAAGAAGAUUAGCUGAUAAUGGUCAAGCUAUCUUAUGUACAAUUCAUCAACCUUCAGCAAUUUUAUUAAAAGAAUUUGAUAGAUUAUUAUUUUUACAAAGAGGGGGUCAAACUGUUUAUUUUGGUGAUUUAGGAAAAGAUUGUACUACUCUUACUGAUUAUUUUGAAAAAUAUGGUGCUGAUAAGUGUCCACCAGAAGCUAAUCCAGCUGAAUGGAUGUUAGAUGUAAUUGGAGCAGCACCAGGAUCAAAAGCAACCCAAAAUUAUCAUGAUGUAUGGUUAAAUUCAAGUGAGUUUAAAGCAGUUAACGAUGAAUUAGAUAAUAUGCAAGAGGAAUUAGUUAAAAAACCAAUUGAUGAUAAUCCUGAAAAUUUUAAAUCUUAUGCUGCUCCAUUUUGGUUACAAUAUAUUUUGGUAACUAAAAGAGUUUUUGAACAAAAUUGGAGAUCUCCAACUUAUAUAUAUUCAAAAUUUUUAUUAACUAUUACAUCAACAAUAUUUAAUGGAUUUGUUUUCUUCAAAGCUGAUAAAUCGUUACAAGGUUUACAAAAUCAAAUGUUUUCAGUGUUUAUGUUUUUAGUUAUAUUCAAUACUUUAGUUCAACAAUAUUUACCUACAUUUGUAUCACAAAGAGAUUUGUAUGAGGUUAGAGAACGUCCUUCAAAAACUUUCAGUUGGGUUGCAUUUUUAGCUGCACAAGUUACUUCUGAAAUACCAUGGAAUAUAUUAAUUGGAACACUUGGAUUCUUUUGUUGGUAUUAUCCAGUUGGAUUAUAUAAUAAUGCAGCUGAAACAAAUACAGUUCAUGAUAGAGGAGCAUUUAUGUGGUUUACAAUUGUAUUAUUUUUUGUAUAUUGUUCGACAAUGGCUCAAUUAUGUAUUUCAUUUAUUGAAAUCGAUGAUAAUGCAGCAAAUUUAGCAACUUUGUUAUUUACAAUGUGUUUAAAUUUUUGUGGUGUUUUGGUUGCAAAAGAAGAAUUACCAGGAUUUUGGAUUUUCAUGUAUAGAUGUAAUCCAUUUACUUAUUUAAUAAGUAUAAUGUUAUCAGUUGCAUUAUAUGAUUCAUCAGUUACUUGUGCACAAACUGAAUUAUUAAAAUUUGAACCUCCAAAUGGAUAUACUUGUCAACAAUAUAUGGAACCAUAUAUCAGUGUAGCUGGUGGAUAUUUAUUAAAUAAAGAAUCAACAUCACAAUGUGAAUAUUGUGAGAUGGAUAAUACGAAUAUGUUUUUAAGUCAAGUUGGUGCUAAUUAUCAUACGAGAGGAAGAGAUUUAGGUAUAUUUAUUGCAUUUAUUGUAAUUAAUAUAGUCGGUACAUUUUUAUUUUAUUAUUUGGCAAGAGUUCCAAAGAAUUUUAGUUUUAAAUUUCAGAAAAAGCGUUAA